AUGGCGACCACUACUACCACCACUACCACCACUACCACCACCCCGACCCUCUCCAUCCUCGCGGACUACGAAGUCCACCACAGCGGACAUGACACCCAGGACGAACAUGCCUCUCCCAUAAGCCCUUUGCAGCCGGCAGACUGGCCAACACAUCACCGUCGCAUGCCAGCGUAUCGUCCCACAAACCGCACUCGGUCUUUCGAAGAGAGGCCGGGUGGUAACAAUCCGGGGGAGAUGGUGUUUAUCCAGGUUAUGCUGCAUGGCGUGUGGCUGAAUGCUGCUGUCUCUCGACUUUGGAGGUUUACGGGAGGAAAGAUUAAUGACAAGAUCUUCCAUUAUGAUGUUGGUGGGGAGUGGUAG